GUUUGGUUUCCUCGUCGAAACGCAAGUAAAUAAUGUUACACACUGUUUUUGUGCUGUUUUCGUUACUAUAUAUAAACAUUAAAAAAAACGCGCCCUUUUAAAUUUAUUGUUGGUUUUGUGAAAAGUUCAAAACCGACGACAGGGCGUCAGGAAAUACUACAUACAUAAUACGUAUCCUGUGACGUUUAGCUAUAACCCGGAAGUAGCUCUUUCGCGCAGGUCUAAACAAGCAUGGAACCUAGUAGGGGCAAGACGUGUUCACAGGCUCUCCUAUCAUGUGGGAACGAAGAUCUGGGUGAGAAGUUUCUCCUAAAACCAAAAACUGGCAGCACCUUGCAGACUGAGAGGCUACCUAGAAGCAGCGUACUAGAUCGUCUGCAGACCUUCUUGCCUCAAAUAUCCAAAGCCAAUGAGGAGCUGGAGCAGCAAAAGGAGAUGGCUCCUCCAGGACACUUUGACAUUGAGUGUGUAGACCAGGCUCAGAAGAUCAUAGAGAUGGAUAUAGCUCUGGUAGAGCUAAGCAGUUCAAACGAGGAAGCUGACAAUGAAGUUAUCUGGGAAGACUCCGAGGAGGACUCGGACCUUGACGAUUAUGUGCCUGAGGUCACUGAAGAGAACCUGAAAAUACCAGGAAGUGGAGUCGGGAAGAAAGUGGCGGGCAUACAGGUUCUAGACAAUCCGGAAAAAGUAGACAUUUCUGCUCCUGCAACUUGUGGAAAAAAAUAACAGUGGCCUCUAAUUUCUCCCUGCGCUCAAAAGACUCAUUCACUCUGGUUAUCAAAGAUCAUUAGCUACGACUGUGGAUGAAGUGUGUGUCGGAAUUCCUGCUCCAGACACAGUUGGAAAUCUACCUUUCAUAAUGUAAUCAUCAAAGGCCUGUGGACUGACAGUGUUGAGCAGAUUGAUAGUGACCUCCUUCUAUACCACAAUAUUUCUUUGUAAAUGUAAAAAAUAUAAGAAUAUAAGAACAGCUUCUGACUGUGCCUUAUUUAAAUAAAUGCUCUCCUUUAGUGAGAAAAUGUAAAAUAUAUACAGUAUAUAGUUUGUUGAAAGCUUGAGGUAAAAUUUACAUUCAUGUUCUCUUUUGGUUUUCACUUUUGUUACAUGUUUACAUCAGUUUAUGUCAUGGUGUGCUUCACAAAUAAAUAUUAUGAUCAAUUGUC